AUGCACUCAAAAAUAUAUGAUGACGCCAUACUCGAACAGCUACGGCAUGAGGCUGUUCCCUCGUCGAAUGAAAAUACCACGACAGAAAAUGCAGCUAUCCGAGUUGAAGAGCAAUCCGCAUAUGUAGAUGCCGCUCUAGAUCUCCUUGUGGUUGACUCAGACGACGAUGGAAUAGUCGCCCAGGAACAAGAGCAAAUGAGAAGCAUAUUGGAAGAGGAAAUUAUGGAAACGCGCUGUACGCCUCUCGAGGUUCGACCACGACGUCCCCGCAUACCACUAAGCAAGCGGGAUCGGGCUGUCGUGAGGGUUUUCAACUCAAUGCUGGUGACCUAUUUGGAAUCUAGCCGGGACCCUUGCGAGACGGACUCAAUUCUAUUUGUCCCAGCACUGGCAGUAUGCCGCAUUAUUAGCGCCAAGCUUCCCAGGGCUGGACGUGCUACUACACAAAGUAGCACCACCUGA